AUGCCUGCCUUUGGCAAGCUGAGCGCCGAGCUGAUCGAACUGAUCGCCCGUCUGCUGGAGCCAGCUGAUCUCUUCUCCUUCCGCCUUGUCUGUCGAGCCUUCUACGACACCACCUUCCCCUACUUCAGCCGCACGUGUCUGGCCACCGUCCGGACAGACCUGUCCCGCGAGAGUCUGCGAGAGCUCGAAGCCCUCGCCGCAAAUGAGCGUCUCCGCACGCAGGUCCGAACGCUGCUCUUCCACGGAAGGACGGAUAUCGGGCGCGGAUUCGUCUGGCAUCGACAUCCCUCCUCCGGCCAUCUAUUAUUAUCAGCCCUGCUGCAAGUCCCUGCCGUCCAGACGCUGCGAGAUCUCCUGCUGCACAAGCUGGUGAACUGCCGCUCCUUUCAUGUGUACAGCCACUAUUGGGAACACAUGCUGGACUUCGAGACCCUCUGGCCGACGGACGUGGUUACCGUUCUCUUUGCCAUCGUCAGCGACACAGGCUUGCCCAUCCAGUCGUUCCAUCUCGAGUAUCUCCGCCGAGGAACCGGGCCUGGCAAUCGUCGAGUGACGACGGAUCGGCUGUGCUUUGAGCAGAGUCGCACGCCCGAGUUCCGGGCAGCAUGGGCCCAUCUGCAAGCCCUCACGCUGGAGCAGUCAGUCUCGUUGGACAUCUUCGACUGGCUGAUGGAGCUGAUCCUGCAUGCUCCGCGGCUGCAGAAGCUGGGCCUGAAUCUAGACUACGUGGAUCUGUCGACGGACUUCAUCGACCGUCUGUCGUCCGCCGAGGCACUGCCUCGAUUGCAAGAGCUCCGACUGUAUGGGUUCCGCUUUACAGAGGCCACGAUCCUGCGCUUGAUCCUCCGACUCGGCGAGAGCCUCCGCAGUGUGUUGUUCCGGUUCGCCACCAUCUACUCAGGCGGAACCUGGGUUGCAGUCCUUCGCGCCUUGCGGUGCAACUGUCCCUUACUAGACAGCAUCUGGCUGUACAACCACGCCGAAUGGCCGCAGGAAGACCGACAGUGA